AUGACUGUUGUUCAAACCUAUGUUGAAAAUCAAGCAAAAGUAUCCUUAUCAAGACGUAUAGCAACAUAUAUUUCUUCAAUGAAUCUGACGAAAAUAUUUCGUCGUCAUCAUCAUCACCAUCACCACGAUACACGUGAAUCGACUUCACCCGUUCGCAAACCACUGGAAAGAUCCUCGGACAAUCAUGAUCAUCAUCGAUACAAUCGACCAUUCUCGUACCACAUUCCCAAAACGGAACAAUCAUCAACGAAAGCGAUCAAUAUAAUUCCUUAUCGAAUUGGUCUGUCUAGUGAUAGUUCACUGGUAAACAAUGCUUCAGCACAUGACAAUGACGAGAUUAUUCGCUUACCCAUGAAGAACGGGAAAGAUUAUAAAAACCGUCGUUAUUCAUCACAAUUGAAUGCUAACAAACGAUGGUUAUUUCGAUCAAUGGAAACACUCGACGGGUGGAAAGGGAAAGUCUUUGCACAGAAAGUCCGAACAAUAUCAAAUUCUAGUCAAUCUCGAUCACGUAGUGUAGAGAAUUUAGCUGAUAAAAAUUCAAAGGAGAAUAUGUUAGCCAAUUCGAAUGGUUCAAAAAUAAAACAUCAACGUGCUCCUUCACCUAAUCGAAGUAUUGAAACGAUUACCAAUCGCGUAAUGCAUAGUAUGGGUAUUCAUCGAAAAUCGGCUGCUUCAAUACCUAAUAUAACACGUAGUCCAGCAUUAACUAUUCAAAAGCAAUCAUCAUCGACGCACUUCCUCAACGGGCAUUAUCCAACACAGAGACAAUCGAACAAUGAAAUGAAUCCAUCGGCUAUCCUCGAUUUUCGUGAAAUAUCUUCACUUGGUUUUUCACAAUCGCGAUCACCGUUGACCAAUGAUCAAGAAAAUAUGUCCUUAUCACCCUCGGAAGAUAAUCCUAACCAUAUGAAUAGUGACAGAGAUGAAAAUGACGAUAUCACAAGUGAUUUAUCAUUCAUUGUGAAUGGUCAUGAUAAUAAUGGAAUUGAUGAAACACAUGAUCCAUGGGAUUUUAGUAUUUCAUGGAUCGAUUCUCUCAAAGAGCAACAAUCUCCACAUCGAAAAAUUCAAUUUUAUGAAAAUCUUAUCAAACUACUCGAACAGGAUACACUAAAUAUCGAUGAAUUACUCGUUUUACGUAAAAUUCUCGCCAAAAUCUGGCCAACUGACGAGUCAACGUCAACAGCAGCAUCAGACUUCAACAAUCCGAUCAAUUGUCUAGACUCCAAACUUUCAGGUACAAAGUCUCUUCAUGCUCCGAAUCAAAUUAAACGGCGAUCAAAAUUAUCAACACUGACACAUCAUACAGCUCAACGAUGCUCAACAAUUCUCGAAAAAACGCCCCUCGUUUACGAAGCAUUACACGAACAGAAGAGUGGACAUAAAACCAUUCCAGCGUCACUCUUGGUUGCAGCUAAAGCAAAACCUUGCGUAAUUGAAAAUAAUGCUAGUAGCAAUCCAUCGAGUUCAAAUUUUGAUCCUUCGUAUCCACAGCAUUUGAAUCCAUUUCAUGAUGAAACGGAUGUAACUCCGCCAGAUUCAUCCAAAGAAACAAAUCAGCACAAUCAUGAAUCGAUUCGCCGCUAUUUCGAGCGAUUAACACUUCUUGAAACAAUCUACGAGAAAUUGAAUAUUGAAUCUAAUCGAACAUCAGCCAAUCCGCAGAUCUCCAAAUCAGAAAAUAUUACGCAAAAACGUUAUUCAUUUGAAAAGCACAAAGAAGAAAUGAUCGAUCAUUCCUAUCCAUCGGUGUCAUCGAAUAAACCCGAUACGAAUAAAACAAUACCAAGUCGAAUUUUUGAAAUGAAUGUGGAUGGUAACGGUAGUAUCAGUAGUCGUAAAAGUUCGAUUAAACGUCGAGCACCUACUGCCCCACAUAUAUCUCAAAACAAUGAGCAUCAUUCAAAAACUCCUCCUAUGUUUACCUUAUCCUCAGCGGAUGUCAACGAUGCAACGACAAAACUCAGCCAAGAGACUAUUAUUCCAAUUCAAAUUCAGUCUCAUAAGGACAAAACUUCUAAUCAAAUUAGCCUAACAGAAAGAGUCUCAUCUCCAGCAUACAAUCUUGCAGCAUCAUGUGAUGAUGAUGGGCAUAUUUUUGUCUACGAUGUUACUCCAACUCAAACGCUGAAACAUUCCAACGACGAACAACUAUCCGCCACAUCACCAAAGAGAGCUGAACGCAUUCAAGAAUGGUUAUCUACAUGUGACACACGUGAACAAUCAGACCGACAACAUGCUGCUAGUCCAACAACGCAAGUGAAAAUUCGCUGUACAGCGAAGCCGAUUCAUCAUCGUUCUCCAUCGCCUCCCCGUUAUCACGAGUCAAAUCAUUUCCCAUUGAACAACGACGAAGUCGAACCGGGACGCUUUCGCACUUCUUUGAAAAUUCAUCUCGAGACAAACGAAAUGACCCAUCCGUCAACUCGCACGGCAUCUGCAACGUCGAAACCAUAUCCACAACCAUCGCCCACUCACAUGGAAGAACCUGACACGAGCGAUUAUCGAUAUUUUGAACGAAAUACUCUAUCACCCAGUUUCUUACGCGAUCAUCAAGCUGUUUAUCUCUAA